AUGCGGUGGGUCCACAUCCGGCUGGUGGAGGCUCACGUUGCCUUGCGGGAGCCCUGCAUGGGCGCGUCUCCUGUCUCUGCCUGGCUCUCAGGGCAGGAAGAUCCUGACAGUUUGCGGCACAAAUACAACUUCAUUGCCGACGUGGUGGAGAAGAUCGCUCCGGCCGUGGUUCACAUCGAAUUGUUUCGCAAGCUUCCUUUUUCUAAGAGGGAGGUGCCGGUGGCCAGUGGGUCUGGCUUUAUUGUGUCCGAAGACGGACUGAUCGUGACAAAUGCCCACGUGGUGACCAACAAGCACCGGGUCAAAGUGGAGCUGAAGAACGGCGCCACGUAUGAGGCCAAGAUCAAGGAUGUGGACGAGAAGGCGGACAUCGCGCUCAUCAAGAUCGACCACCAGGGGAAGCUGCCCGUCCUGCUGCUCGGCCGCUCCUCGGAGCUGCGGCCCGGAGAGUUUGUGGUGGCCAUCGGGAGCCCGUUUUCCCUGCAGAACACGGUCACCACGGGGAUCGUCAGCACCACCCAGCGCGGCGGCAAGGAGCUGGGGCUGCGGAACUCCGACAUGGACUACAUCCAGACGGAUGCCAUCAUCAACUAUGGCAACUCCGGCGGCCCACUGGUCAACUUGGACGGUGAGGUGAUCGGCAUUAACACGCUGAAAGUGACCGCUGGAAUCUCCUUUGCGAUCCCCUCUGACAAGAUCAAGAAGUUCCUUACAGAGUCCCAUGACCGACAGGCCAAAGGCAAAGCCAUCACCAAGAAGAAGUACAUCGGCAUCCGGAUGAUGUCGCUCACGUCCAGCAAGGCCAAAGAGCUGAAGGACCGCCACCGAGACUUCCCCGAUGUGCUGUCGGGGGCCUACAUCAUCGAAGUCAUCCCCGACACCCCGGCCGAAGCCGGCGGCCUCAAGGAGAACGACGUGAUCAUCAGCAUCAACGGGCAGUCGGUGGUCUCGGCCAACGACGUCAGUGACGUCAUCAAGAAGGAGAACACCUUGAACAUGGUUGUGCGCAGGGGCAACGAGGACAUCAUGAUCACCGUCAUCCCCGAAGAAAUCGACCCCUAGGCAGAAGCAUGAGCUGGACUUCAUGUGUGCCUCAGCGACGCCCGCGGACGAUGCACGAUGAUGCUGGGCCGCCGGCCCAGGCGCCCCCGACUGCGGGCCGCCACGCUGCGCGUCCAGCACACUCGUCCUGGGCAGCAGCCCCUUGGUAGUUUGCAGGCAAAACCAACGCAAUGCCGUAGACCCCCAGGCAGAAGUGCGCCCCUCGCCCAUGUACACGUGCGCUUUUUCUUGCCGGCUUGGCUGUCCUGUGCAGCAGGGUUGUCUGCUCCUUUAGCCAAGUCAUCCUCUUAGUCUGACUGAGGCAGGCGACGCCGCGCCUAAUGGGAGGAUGGUCCCUUGGGAGACGCGGGCCCCCGGGCUGUGCCCGCUGCCCCCGGAGACCAAGGGGUGAGCGCGGGCUCCCACAGUGGCCCAAGUCGCCUCCUGUCGGCUUCUCUGCAGAACUGGGGCGCCGUGACUCCGAAUUUGGGCUAUUAAAAUACUCCUUCCUAAUCUGC